GUCACGUCCCCGGCAUUUUGGAACUUCAGCAUGAACAGGGAUAAGCUUGCCAAGCUGCAGGAGCAGGUGCGGGUGGGUGGCAAAGGAGUGCCACGGAGGAAGAGGAAAGUCGUCCACAAGACUGCCAAUACAGAUGACAGGAAACUUCAAAAUUCUUUAAAGAAGCUGCCUGUCAGCAACAUCCCUGGAAUUGAGGAGGUCAACAUGAUCAAGGACGACAGUACUGUGAUACACUUCAACAAUCCGAAAGUGCAGGCGUCGCUGCAGUCCAACACAUUCGCCAUCUCGGGCCACGCCGAGAUGAAGCAGAUCACGGAGAUGCUGCCGACCAUCCUGAACCAGCUGGGCUCGGAGAGCAUCACCCACCUGAAGCGGCUGGCCUCCUCCGUCCAGGCUAGCGUAGGCGCCGCCGGCGACGCCGCCGACAACGAUGAGGAGGUCCCGGACCUAGUGGAGAACUUCGACGAGGCCAGCAAAUCGGAGGACGGCGGCGACAAGAAGGAGGACUAG